AUGCCUUCUCUAGCUUCCACCCUCGUAGGCUUGGCCCUGAUUGCUCAUACAUCAGCUCAUCUUAGUUUGAUCAACAUUUACGGAUCAAACAAUGUGGUAGGACAUGGCUUUGGAGUGAACUUGUAUGGAAAAUAUCCCCGUGCAAAGGGUGAACCUGGUGAUGCUGGUGGCGACUCCGGUGUAUUUGAGACUGGGACCGACAAUCCUUCGCCAGCAUGCGGAAGCACUCCCGAGCUGGGCCCCAUUGAUCUCGGAGCCUGGAUGGGCCAAGCCGAAGGCGACGGUCUUCCCGCAGCGUACGCCAACAUGUCCGUGGUGGUUGAAGCUUUCCAAGUCAAUCGCGAUGGUGGAGGUCCCAUGAGUUGUGAAUACAGCGAGGAUGCAACCACCACUUCAUGGAAGCCAAUGUUCAUGACGCUCAAUCAAGCUGGAAACUCGGGCAUCCAGAACUCACUACGUACCAACGCAACUGUGGUCAUGAACUUCCCAGCUGAUGCCAAGUGUACUGGUGGUUGGACUCAAACUGCAUGUAUCGUAAGAUGUCGCACAGGCGUAAACAAACGGUUUGGUGGAUGUUUUGCCGUUAAACUGAGUGACUCCGACCAACCCAAUCUGGUGAUAUCAGAAUCUUCUGAUUCAAACGACACAUCCGUCGUUGCUCGUCCGGUUGUCAAUGAAAGCAUUGCCGAGGGGAAUACCACUGCUUCAACACUAAUCAGGCCUUCUUUUGUAGACUUAUCCGAUGAGCAGAUCAGGCUGAUCGCGAAACAAGUCAUAAUACAGAUGAAAACCGAUGGGCUCGUAUGGGCAUCGUCAAGUCAUUCGAACUCAAACACAUCGGAAACGGAACAAAAUGAUGUGCCCAAAUCCCGCUCUGCAGAUGCUGAACAAUCGACUGCCAACAACCCAGCACCUGAGGCUCCUGAUGCCGGAAGCAACCAAGGCGAGAACACGAUUUCGUCCCCAGAACGUUCUACUGACGAAAGCCCAGCUCUCAAGAGUUCUGAUGCCGCAAGCAACCAAGAGAACAGUAUGAAAUCAGCCCCCAAGGCUGCUGACGAGAAGAAGAAACAAGACGAUGACAGCCCUCUCAGUACCAGCACGGUUGUCUCUGAUGAACCAGUCUAUAAAGCCGUCAAUGCCACCGAGCAGCAAUGGAACACCACUGACUCAUUCACAGAUGAUUCCGCUGCCAACAACUCAGCCAUCGGUAUUUCGGACUCCCAAGACGAACAGUUGGCAAACACCACUGCCCGCUCAAACAACGCAACCCUUGAUGCUUCUGAUGUUGCAGACAAUCAAAUCAACGAAAGCAACCAUACGUCUGGGUUGAACCACUCUUCCACCGUUCCUGUCCCCGAGAACAGACGGUUGGUGGACCCCACUUCAGCCGCUAACCCGAUACUUGCUCCUGGCUCUGAUGUGCCAGAAAAACAGGCGAAGCAGGCUACCACAGAACACGACACUCAUCAGGCUUCCAAAGGCGCAGCCCUCGUCCCCAUCCAUGACAUCACCAAACCGUUGUUGAAUGCCAUCUCAGACAUAACCACUUCCGUGGCCGACAACUCAACCCUUGAUGCCUCCGAUGCGGCAGACAACCAGCUCUACAAUACUACCCAGGUCUCUGAUCCUGCCCCUCUUCAACGGAAAACUGUGACCUCCAAAGCUAAAAAACACCUCUCCAGGUGUCGCUCUACCAGAAGAAAAACUAAAAAACAAGUCGUCUGA